AUGGAUAGGAGAAGUGUGGGAGAAACAGAAAACGGAGAUGCCUUUCUUGACCUGAAGAAGCAACCAGCCUCCAAAUCCCCCCAUCGCUAUACAAAAGAGGAGCUCUUGGAUAUAAAAGAACGCCCUCAUUCCAAACAGAGGCCAUCAUGCCUCUCUGAAAAAUAUGACAGUGAUGGCGUCUGGGACCCUGAAAAGUGGCAUGCCUCGCUCUAUCCAGCUUCAGGGAGGAACUCACCAGUGGAAAGUCUGAAGAAAGAGUUGGAUUCAGACCGGCCUUCCCUUGUGCGCAGGAUAGUAGAUCCACGAGAGCGUGUGAAAGAAGAUGACUUAGAUGUUGUUCUCAGCCCACAGAGACGAAGCUUUGGAGGGGGCUGCCAUGUGACAGCCGCUGUUAGUUCCCGGCACUCAGGAAGUCCAUUGGAAAAAGACAGUGAUGGGCUUCGCCUGCUUGGCGGACGAAGGAUUGGCAGUGGAAGAAUAAUCUCUGCUCGGACCUUUGAGAAGGAUCACCGACUCAGUGAUAAGGACCUGCGGGACUUGAGAGACCGAGAUCGAGAGAGGGACUAUAAGGACAAGCGAUUUAGGAGGGAGUUUGGGGAUAGUAAGCGUGUCUUUGGUGAGCGAAGAAGAAAUGAUUCCUACACAGAAGAAGAACCAGAAUGGUUCUCAGCUGGACCCACAAGUCAGUCUGAAACCAUUGAGCUGACUGGCUUUGAUGAUAAGAUACUGGAAGAAGAUCACAAGGGGAGAAAAAGAACAAGGCGACGGACAGCCUCUGUGAAGGAAGGCAUAGUCGAGUGCAAUGGAGGAGUGGCCGAAGAGGAUGAGGUGGAGGUCAUCCUGGCACAGGAGCCUGCUGCUGAUCAGGAAGUGCCAAGGGACGCCGUCUUGCCUGAGCAGUCCCCAGGAGAAUUUGACUUUAAUGAGUUCUUUAACCUUGAUAAGGUGCCAUGCUUGGCUUCGAUGAUAGAAGAUGUUUUGGGAGAAGGGUCAGUCUCUGCCAGUCGGUUCAGUAGGUGGUUCUCUAACCCGAGCCGAUCAGGAAGCCGAUCCAGCAGUCUCGGGUCAACACCACAUGAAGAACUGGAGAGACUAGCAGGUCUGGAACAAGCCAUCCUCUCUCCUGGACAGAACUCGGGGAAUUAUUUUGCUCCUAUCCCACUGGAAGACCAUGCUGAAAAUAAAGUGGAUAUUUUAGAAAUGCUACAGAAAGCCAAAGUGGAUUUAAAACCUCUUCUUUCCAGUCUUUCUGCAAAUAAAGAAAAGCUUAAGGAGAGCUCGCAUUCAGGAGUUGUGCUGUCAGUAGAAGAGGUAGAAGCAGGGCUCAAGGGCUUGAAGGUGGACCAGCAAGUGAAGAAUUCAACUCCCUUCAUGGCAGAACACUUAGAGGAGACCCUGAGUGCUGUAACCAGCAAUCGACAACUCAAAAAAGAUGGAGAUAUGACCGCGUUCAACAAACUAGUGAGCACCAUGAAGGCAAGUGGGACUUUGCCUUCUCAGCCCAAAGUCAGCCGAAACCUUGAAAGCCAUUUGAUGUCCCCUGCUGAGAUUCCAGGCCAGCCUGUCCCUAAGAACAUCCUGCAGGAACUUCUGGGUCCACCAGUUCAGAGACCUGCUUCUUCCAAUCUUCUCAGUGGCCUUAUGGGGAGUUUGGAGCCUACAACAUCUUUAUUAGGCCAAAGAGCACCUUCUCCUCCCAUGUCACAGGUGUUUCAAACGCGAGCAGCCUCAGCAGACUACCUUCGUCCUAGAAUACCAUCACCAAUUGGUUUUACACCAGGACCACAGCAGGUACUGGGAGAUCCAUUCCAAGGCAUGCGCAAACCCAUGAGCCCAGUCACGGCCCAGAUGAGCCAGCUAGAAUUACAACAGGCAGCUUUGGAGGGGCUGGCCUUGCCACAUGACCUUGCGGUGCAGGCAGCAAACUUCUACCAGCCUGGUUUUGGCAAACCACAGGUGGACAGAACCAGAGAUGGAUUCAGAAACAGGCAACAACGAGUGACCAAGUCACCAGCACCCGUGCACCGAGGGAAUUCCUCUUCCCCUGCCCCUGCUGCCUCCAUCACAAGCAUGCUUUCUCCUUCCUUCACCCCUACCUCAGUGAUCCGUAAGAUGUAUGAGAGCAAAGAGAAAAGCAAGGAGGAGCCAGCAUCUGGAAAAGCAGCAGCAGCUCUUGGUGACAGUAAAGAGGACACUCAGAAGGCCAGUGAAGAGAACCUAGUGUCCUCCAACUCUGUGCCCAGUGCUGAUCGAGACUCUUCUCCCACUACAAAUCCCAAACUGUCAACAUUGCAGCGGUCUUCAUGUUCUACUCCACUAUCUCAGACCAACCGUUACACCAAAGAGCAAGAUUAUCGACCUAAAGCAACUGGGAGAAAAACACCCACCUUGGCAUCCCCAGUUCCAGGAACACCUUUUCUCCGCCCUGUCCACCAAGUUCCCCUUGUCCCCCAUGUUCCAAUCGUUCGGCCUGCUCACCAGCUUCACCCAGGGUUGGUCCAAAGGAUGCUGGCCCAGGGAGUACAUCCACAGCAUCUUCCAAGUUUGCUCCAAGCUGGUGUGCUUCCUCCUGGGAUGGACCUGGCUCAUUUACAGGGAAUAUCAGGCCCAAUCCUGGGUCAACCCUUCUACCCUUUACCUGCAGCUAGUCACCCUCUCCUAAACCCUCGUCCUGGGACACCUCUGCAUCUGGCAAUGAUGCAACAGCAGCUACAGCGCUCAGUUCUUCAUCCCCCAGGCUCUGGUUCCCAGGCAGCAGGUGUCAGCGUUCAGACGAACCCUCAGAAUGUGCCCACCCGAUCAGGCCUGCCUCACAUGCACUCUCAGCUGGAGCACCGCCCCAGCCAGAGGAGCAGCUCCCCAGUGGGCCUCGCCAAGUGGUUUGGCUCAGAUGUGCUACAGCAGCCCCUACCCUCCAUGCCUGCCAAAGUCAUCAGUGUAGAUGAAUUGGAAUACCGACAAUGA